CUUUCUUUUUCUUUCUCCUCUGCGCUCUCGAAAAUUUCCCUCACUUUCCCUGCUUCCGGCUAUGGCGGCGAUCAGUCUCCGGAAAGGCAAUACGCGGCUGCCGCCGGAGGUAAACCGCGUUCUGUACGUGCGCAACCUUCCCUUCAACAUUACGAGCGAGGAGAUGUACGACAUCUUCGGCAAAUACGGCGCGAUUCGCCAGAUCCGCAUCGGCACCAACAAGGACACGCGCGGAACCGCCUUCGUUGUCUACGAGGACAUCUACGACGCUAAAACCGCCGUCGAUCACCUCUCCGGUUUCAAUGUUGCGAAUCGCUACCUUAUCGUGCUGUAUUAUCAGCAAGCGAAGAUGAGCAAGAAGUUCGAUCAGAAGAAGAAGGAGGAUGAGAUUGCGCGUAUGCAGGAGAAGUAUGGCGUUUCCACCAAAGAUAAGUAAAUAGUUCGUUCUCGCAAAAGCCUUGGGAUGUUAGUUAGGGUUUUCGAGACUGUAUUGAUGGUUUAAUGUAUUGUUAUUGGAGUAAGUAUAAUUGACUAUUAAUGUUUACGAUUAAAUGAGUGUUACUGUUAGAAUGAAUGAAAUGAAAUAUAAAUUCAUCGCAAA